AGGGAAGGAGAUACUGCCGUACGUUGGUCCGAGGCCACCAGUGGGAAUUCACCGCUACAUUCUGGUGCUGUUUCAGCAGAAGGCUCCGAUGGGGUUGGUGGAGCAGCCACCCUCUCGUGCCCAUUUCAACACCCGCUUCUUUGCGGCGCAGCUCGACCUUGGACUGCCGGUUUCCACCGUCUACUUCAACUCACAGAAGGAGCCAGCAAACAGGAGGCGCUGA